AACAAAACCUCCCCCGCGCCUCGCCGGCUUCAGCCUGAGACCGUGAGGGGAGAAUCGGGGCCCUGUGGCGCCUGGGCCCGCCGCCCCACCAGCCGCCAAGAGGCCGUGGGGUAAGCCGCCUCCCGCUGGCGAGGCUCCGCCGUCGCCGGCCUUUCCCCGCAGGCCGGCGGCACCGUUUCGCCUUCAGCCACCAGGAUCGGGCCAGCGGCAGGUUUAAGACUAAUGUCUUAAUUGUAAAUAGAAGAUUUCCAGAAAAUUUGGAAGUCCAGGGAUACAUACACCUCCAAAGUGGGCUGAAGAAAACACUAAAGGAGAAAAAUGGCCCAAACUACUGCACCAGCAACAUCCACCGAAGAGGAGGACACCUCUUGUAGCAAACUGGUGGUUACAUUCCUGAUGUCAGCACUUGAGUCAAUGUGUAAAGAACUUGCCAAGUCCAAAGCAGAAAUUGCCUGUAUUGCUGUAUUUGAAGCAGAAGUGUUCAUAGCUGGAACUGAGAGAGGAAGAACCUUUAUCAGUUCUAGGAAAGAACUUCAGGAGGAUUUUGUUAAAUACUGUGAAGGAGAAAAGAAAGCUGCGCAACUGGACAAAACAAAGGCCCUGCUACCUGUAAAUGGACUGGCAGUGGAUACUGAAGAAACAGAAGCUCUUGUGAAGUCUGUGGAAGACUUUUUCUGUUAUUGCUAUGGCAAAGCCUUAGGCAAAGCAACAUUGGUACCUGUGCCAUAUGAGAAGAUUGAGAGCAACGAGUCCUUUGUGGUAGUGCAGGGCCUGCCCAGAGGAGUUGCAUUGCAGCACCCAUCCAAAUAUGAUGUACUAACACUGAAAUGGAUUCUGGACCACAAGUCACAGAUUGCAUUUGUCAUCAAAAGGGCUGUAGUAGAGCCAGGGAAAGUCCUAGGAGCUCCUCCGCCAGGUCCUUCCUAUUCACACAUACCUGCAGUUGGAAGUUGUCUUCCUAUUCCUCCUGUUCAAGUGAAAACAGAACCAAAGGAGAAUGCUGCACCUUCUUUGGGAAUGGCUCCAGUAGCAGUGAAGGAGGAACCACAUGAUCCUGCAUUUGACCAGUAUAAUACUCCAGAUACCCCUCAGAACACCUCUUCAGAAACAACUAAGAAUCCUGAAGUCAAGAUCACCAUUGAGGGUGAAGGAGAAAAGAAAGCUGCACAAAUGACGAUAGCAAAGGCCCUACUACCUGUAAAUGGGCUGCCAGUGGAUACUGAGGAAGCAAAAGCUCUCGUGAAGUCUGUGGAAGACUUUUUCUGCUAUUGCUAUGGCAAAGCCUUAGGCAAAGCAACAUUGGUACCUGUGCCAUAUGAGAAGAUUGAGAGCAACGAGUCCUUUGUGGUAGUGCAGGGCCUGCCCAGAGGAGUUGCAUUGCAGCACCCAUCCAAAUAUGAUGUACUAACACUGAAAUGGAUUCUGGACCACAAGUCACAGAUUGCAUUUGUCAUCAAAAGGGCUGUUGUAGAGCCAGAGAAAGCCCUAGGAGCUCCUCCGCCAGGUCCUUCCUAUUCACACAUACCUGCAGUUGGAAGUUGUCUUCCUAUUCCUCCUGUUCAAGUGAAAACAGAACCCAAGGAGAAUGCUGCACCUUCUUUGGGAAUGGCCCCAGCAGCAGUGAAGGAGGAACCAAGUUAUCCUGCAUACUUUCAAUAUAAUACUUUAGCAGCCCCUUUGCAGACUUCAGAGCCGGUUGGAAGAAUUGCUCUUGUAAACAACUGCCCAGCAGCCCCUUUGCAGACUUCAGAGCCGGUUGGAAGAAUUGCUCUUGUAAACAACUGCCCAGUAGCCCCUUCACAGGCAUCAGACCAGGUUAAACGAAUUGCUCUUGUAAACAACUGCCCAGCAGCCCCUUCACAGGCAUCAGACCAGGUGAAACGAAUUGCUCUUGUAAACAACUGCCCAGUCCCUUUGCAGACAUCAGACCAGGUUAAAAGAAUUGCUCUUGUGAAAAAUUACACAGCCCCUUCACAGACAUCAGAGCCAGUUAGAAGAGUUGCUUUUGUAAAAAUCUACUCAGAUCCACCCCCGCCUGUCUCUUCAGUAACAAUUAAGGAUCCUGAAGUCGAGGUCACCAUUGAAGAUUCCAUACAGAAAACCUCUUCAGAAACAAGUAACGAUCCUGAGGUCGAGGUCACCAUUGAGGAUGAUGAUGAGGAAUUCUUACCUCCUGGUAAGAGAGCAAGGAGCACUGCGUCAGCUAUUGGAGCUGGGAGAAGAACAACAACGAGAUCACUGAAUUCUGGUGAUGAUGAUGAUGACAAUGACGGCGGUGGUGAUGAUGAUGAUGACGACGACGAUGACGAUGAUGACGGUGGUGAUGAUGAUGAUGAUGAGGAGGAGGAGGAUGAUGAUGAUGAAGAAUACUUGCCUCCUAGCAAGAGACCAAAGAACACCAGGCCAUCUAAUGGAGCUACUAGUACUAGGAGAAGAACAACAGUGAGAGCAUUGAAUGCUGGUGAUGAUGGUGGUGGUGGUGGUGGUGUUGGUGAAGAUGAUGAUGGUGGUGAUGGUGAAGAUGAUGACGAUGAUGAUGAUGAAGAUGAAUACAUGCCUCCUAGCAAGAGGCCAAAGAACACUGAGUCAGUUAAUGGACCUGUCAGUGUUGGGAGGAAAAGAAACUUCAACUUUGAGAAGUGGAAUGCAAGGAUUACAAACUUGAGAAAACAAGUUAAAGAGGUGUUUGAAAAAAAAUAUGCUGAAGCUAUAAAUGCAAAAGGUCCAGUAUCUAUCCCAGACUCAAUCUACCAGUUAGGUGAAGAAGCCUUGGUUGUGGAAGGGCUGCCAGAAGGAGUCCCUUUCAGGCGGCCAUCCACGUAUGGCAUUCCUCGCCUCGAGAGGAUCCUGAUAGUGAAGCAGCAGAUCCGGUUUGUCAUUAAAAAGCAGGAGCUUUUGAAUUUGCCACAAGUUGCAGCCCCACCGCAGCAGGGUGCAGUACCACCGCAACAGAACUCAGCCCCACUACAGCAGGGGGCAGCAGCAUCACCACAACAAGAGGCAUCACCGCAGAAUAAACCAGUUGCAGGAGUGCAAAAUGAGUGGUAUGCCAGAAUUGUCCAACUGAGGAAGACAGUAGAUGAACUCUUUGCUAAAAAGUUUGCUGAGGCCCUGGGGAGCACUGAGCCUAAAGCUGUUCCAUACCAGAAAUUUGAGGCCCAUCCUACUGACCUCUACGUGGAAGGGCUGCCAGACAACAUUGUCUUUAGGAGUCCCACCUGGUAUGGAAUCCCUCGCCUUGAAAAAAUAAUUCGGAUGAGCCACAAGAUAAAAUUUGUCAUCAAAAAGCCAGAGCUGCUAACUCUCAAUACACCUGAAGUUACUCAGCGCCCGCCAGACAACUCAGGGAAAGAAGACUGGAAUGUCAGGAUCACAAGGCUAAGAAAGGAAGUAGAAGAGAUAUUUAAUAAGAAGUUUGGUGAAGCUCUGGGGCUUUCAGAGGCAGUGAAGGUUCCCUACCCUUUGUUUGAGUCACAUUCUAAGUACUUGUACGUCGAAGGCUUGCCAGAAGGAAUCCCCUUCCGGAGUCCCACCUGGUUUGGAAUUCCACGCCUGGAAAGAAUUAUCCGUGGGAGAAGUAAAAUCAAAUUUGUUGUUGAGAAGCCUGAGCUUGUCACAUCCUCUUUGCCUCCAGAACUGGCUAGUAAAGUAAACGUUGAAGCAAGGAGUCCAAAGAAUUCAGAGAGCUCACAAAGUCCUGCAAGCAAUGCAGAGGUCCCAGAGAUUGAAGUCACUGUUGAAGAAGGUCCUGAUGGAUCAGAUAAAACAGAUCGUCAAACCAGCUCUCCAAGAGAUGGGUCCCCAUCAAGUUCAGCUCUACGACCAAGAGACUUUUCUUUUGACUCAUGGAAUUCCAGAAUUAGUGAAUUAAAGGAGAAAGUAGAAAAAAUUUUCAGUGAACAGUGUGCGGCAGCCCUGGGGGUGACUGAGCCAGUGAAGGUGCCCUAUGGGUUGUUUGAAUCCCACCCAGAUAUUUUCCACGUGGAAGGGCUACCCGAAGGAGUGCCAUUCCGACGGCCUUCUACGUUUGGAAUUCCAAGACUAGAGAAGAUCCUGAGAAACAAAUCCAGGAUAAAAUUUGUUAUUAAAAAGCCUGAGAAGUUUAAGGCAGCUCUUAAGGAAAGAUCUGGUAAAGGCCUCCAAAGAAAAAAUACGUCACUAAGUGAAACAAAUACACCAAGCACCACAACAAGCACAGUGGUGAGCAAACCUGAUCCUUCUGAAGAUCUGAACAUCAUUGAAGUAACUAUCUCAGAUGAUGAAUGUGAACAACAGCAAAAAGCAGAUAGAGCCAGACACUUGAGAGAGCAAGUAAAUGAUCUUUUUAGCCGGAAAUUUGGUGAAGCUGUCGGUAUGAAUUCUGUGAAAGUCCCAUACAGGAAAAUCAAUAACAACCCUGGCUGUGUGGUGGUGGAAGGGUUGCCUCCUGGUGUGGAAUUUAAACCUCCCAGUUACCUGGAACUGAGCACAAUGAGGAAGAUUUUGGAAUCGCCAGACUCAGUCCGGUUCACUGUCGUUCGGCCCAUUCCAGGAUUUGCGAACAACACUCAGCCAGUGGAAGAAGUUAAAGAUGAAGCAGAAGCACCAGCAGCACCACCAGUAGCACCAGCAGAAGAAGCAGCCCCAGAAGCGGUACCGCCAGCCCCAGAAGCAGUACCACCAGAAGCGGUACCACCAGCACCAGAAGCAGUACCACCAGCACCAGAAGCAGCAGAGCUGAUGGAAAAAGUUGAAGCAAAAGCAGAACCACCAGCAGUACCAUCAGCACCAGAAGCAGCACCACCAGUACCAGAAGAGCAAGCUGAACCAAGCCAAACAGAAGCAUCUGUAGAAGGUGUUUGUCUUCAGUUACAGCCAACAAAUACCUAUGAUACAGAAACAAAAGAGAGUUUUCAAGCAAAGAAAGAGCCAGACCCAACGUGGUAGACCUCAUCAAUACUAGGCAGAAGCUUUCAGUCCUGAGAAGAGCCUGCCAGGACCCUCCUGAGCUGUGUAAUAUAACUGUAUAAGAGAAAUACCUUCUAUACAAAUUGGUUUUGUACUUUUAGAUAGAAAUAUCUACUUUUUCAGCAGUUCUGUGAAUUGACUUAAAGCAGAGAAUGUGGAUUUGAACUGGCUGGGGUUUACCUCAGAAUACCUUAGAAACUCUAAAUGUGAGGCAGCGAUGCUGGAUUAAAAUCAACAUGGACUUAACCAGAGCUUGUCUGCUUUUCCCCUCUCCCCCUCACACCUUCCCCCCCCAAAAAAUGCUGGAUUUCACUACACCUGGAUGCACCUCAACUUUCAUACUGAAAACAAAAUUCCUGCUAGAAGUUGAGUUUAAACAAACAAACAAAUAACCCAAACAGUGGAGUUGUUGAUUUUUUGCUUUUAACUCUUUUUAACGAUUGGUUGGGCAGUACUGUCUGUAUAUUUGAACUCAGUUUUUGUUUUCCUAUGACACCUAUCACAGGGGUUUUUUUCCAUAAAUAAAAGAUAAACUGCUUCACUUGACCAUUAGUAUGCAUUAAUGAGAUGGUCUGGGAGUGGUUUCAGAGUGUGGCUCAGGAAGCUGUUUAAAUAAAGCCCUUUUAACACUUGGUUCCAACUA